AAAAAUCCACACGAAUGAUCUCGCACUGAUCCCCAAAACAGCCGCACCUGCCGCCGCUCCUUCCAAAUGAAGAAAUCAAAGCAAAAGCGCCAAAAACACGAACAGUUUUAUCCCGCACACCACGUACCAUCUCCGUCGCAGCCGACGACCAUACCCAGCUGCUGUCAGUUGGCCGCAUCCUGCCCGGAAUGCUACACUGCCCAUCAGUACAUUUCCGGUAACACUCAUAGCGCUUCCUACCGAAACGGCGGUACCGGUACCUGUCACCAGCAGCAAAUCUAUCAGAAUGCUCCACAACAAAAUGACUACCGUGCGGGAGGAGCUGGAUCGUCCCAUCAGACUUCGCCCACCUCAGUACCGAUCACGAAACCAACCAACAUCGUUGCCACCAUGGAACUGUUCGAGCCGAGAACCUCGGCGUCCUCCGCCACCAGUCCACCACGAUAUCACCCACAUCAGGAUUACUCCUACGCUUACUACGAACCGGGUGUACCACUCCGUCAUUCCAACAUUCCGUCCUACAUGUUCGAUCCCAACGCAGGUGGGCCCUCUUCCACGGCUGGUCCGUCUACACCGCGGACUCCACUCUCAUCGCUGGUCGCCGGUUCCAGUUCCAUGCGUACCCUGAUGGCCCUGGGAGGUAGUGGCCAACGGAACCGAUUGUACGCUCGACGGACUAGUGUCGGAAGUGCUGGUCGCUUCCCCGGUUCCCCCUGUGAAAACAUUUACGAGGAAAUUAUUCACGAAGAAAACGAGCGCGAGGGGGGGAUCGUACCGGGUACACCGAGUGGUCGACUUUCAUUGAUGUCACUGAAUCAAAGUGUGAUUGUGGAAGAGGAGUUCCGGCAGGUGCAUCAAUGCCACCGAAAGGUGCUGGGUGAAUUGAAUUUAUCCGUUGAGGCGAUGUUGAUGGCUGAGGAAACACCCAGCCGUAAUAACGACUGUAAUCGACGGGGUGUCUCAAACUACCGGAGAAAAUCGUCCGGUGGCACCGGUCAGUGUACCGAUUUGGAUAGUGGUUUUUCGGGCAGCAGCGGUAGCACCUGUUAUAUCGGGAAUCUGCGAGCCAAGAAAACAGAAGCACGGAUGUUGUCACUUAAGCAACAGAGUCAUCACCAAUCGAUGAUGCUGUUGGAAAGAAUCGGACAGGAGGAUACUCGCAGUAUUGCCAGCUCCCACUCGGCUGAUCGAUCCUACGGGUCUAUAAAAGCAAUUUGUAAGGGGAAGAAUUUAAGCAAGUGGCUGAGCGGAAGUACGCGAUCGUUGCGCAGGAUGAAGGAAACAGGUGAACCUUCCCGGAAGGGAACACAUUCCACUCCCAGUUCUCCGACUUUUGUCAAGUCGAGCAAGGGCGGAUUCUGGUCCAGGAAAGGUUGGUCCAAGCGGAUGUCGUCCAGUGGGGCACUGCAUAGCAGCUUUGAAGGUAAGUGUGUGUGUGUGUAGAUGUCAUUCUGGGGAUCAUAAUGGAAUCAAAAAUGCUAGACUAUGGCAGCGUAAGAGGGCCAUUUCAAAUCACCGGCCGACACCGGGGUGCCUCAAUUGUUUUGUAUAGUAUGCGAUCUAAUUUUAACACC